GGACUGGAGGACAAUCGGAACACAAUGUAGCUAACCAACGGGUCAACUGUUAGAGCACGGUUGGCAUCCCAUUAUUUCUUUCCAUAUAUUUUUUAGGCCUUUUAUUCUUGAAGGAUGUCGGUAGCCGGGUUGAAGAAGCAAUUUCACAAAGCAAGUCAGCUAUUGAGUGAGAAGAUAAUUGGGGCUGAGGGAACAAAGCUGGAUGAAGAAUUUCAAAAAAUGGAAAGGAGAAUUGAUGUGACCCACAAAAUGGUUCUUGAACUUGUGCCCAAAACCACAGAGUACCUCCAGCCAAACCCAGCAUAUAGAGCCAAACUGGGCAUGCUCAACACAGUGUCCAGGAUCCGUGGGCAGGUGAAGGCUGUGGGGUACCCCCAGACUGAGGGAAUGCUGGGAGACUGCAUGUUACACUACGGCAGAGAACUGGGAGUCGGCUCUGCCUUUGGAUGUGCACUGGCGGACAUUGGGGAAGCCUUGAAACAGAUGGCCAUAGCCAGAGAUUCCCUGGACAUCAGUGUAAAGAACAACUUCAUCGACCCACUGCAGGCACUCCAGGACAGAGAGUUGAGGGAAAUAGGGUACCACCUAAGAAAACUUGAAGGUCGUCGGCUAGACUUUGACUACAAGAAACGACGCAAAGGAAAGAUACCUGACGAGGAGAUCAUGCAGGCGUGGGAGAAGUUUUCGGACUCCAAAGAGCUGGCAGAGAGAAGCAUGUUCGACCUCUUAGAAAGUGAUGCAGAGCAUGUGACUCACCUAUCAGCUUUGAUUGGGGCCGCUCUGGACUAUCACCGCCAGUCUUGCCAAAUCCUGGACAGCCUCAAUCGAAGUCUGCAGGGCAGGCUAGCCAUUGCAAGCAACCGACCAAAAAGGGAGCCCAGGCCCAAAUCUAUUAAAGUUAACACAAUCAACACACAACAAAAUGGAUCUUCCCACAGAUCAUCAGUCAAAUCAGUUAUAUCUUCAGAUGCCCAGAUAAGCCAAGCUGUCAAUAGAAAAAAUUACCAGUACACAAACAUACCUCUAAGACCAGAGAGUCCCAUCAUCUGUAACCGUGAUUGUGAGGUUUUCCUAGACCAGCCUUGCUGCCGUGCGCUCUACCGCUUUGUGGCUGAAAAUGAAGGAGAGCUGGGCUUCAAGGAGGGUGACCUCAUCAUCCUCACCAACCAGAUUGAUGACAACUGGUAUGAGGGCAUGAUCAGUGGGGAGUCUGGCUUUUUUCCUAUCAGCUACGUCAAUGUCCUUGUGCCUUUGCCACAGUGAUACCAGGGUAGCACCACAAGCUAUGGGGGCCGGCUAUGAAGUCCUCACCUCAGAGCACUCUCUGGAAAUCUUAUUUUGCAAUGAAUGUCACUCCACUUUCUGAUGUGUUUAUUGACUGAAUUUGUAUUUUUGAGCUUAUCUGUUAGAAGCAUUUCAGGACGGCCUCAUUUGGUGGUACUGUCACUUCUUCCUGGAUCUGUGAAUUCUUAAUUUCACCUUAUUUUCUCAGAGGCCAUAGAGCUAUUAACAUGCAAUGUCUUUGCAUACUCCACAGGUUUCAAGGCUACACCAUUUCAGACAGUCCUAUGCAAUAUUUUCUCUCUCCCUUGAAAGCCCAUCUUAGUUACAUUUGUCUCCAUUGUGUGCUGUUAGGUGGCCUAAAGCUCACCUUUUGUUACUUUCAGCAUAAUAAUGGAUCAAUUAGUGUGAUACUUUUUAAUUCAGCACAUUUUCGGGAUGUCAUGGAACACUUCAGCUGCUUUAUUAAGAUUUGUUUUAAUCUUGGGACUGUUAUUACCAUAUUCAGGGUCAAUAUUCAUGUCUUCAUUUAGCUCUCGAACCUAAGGGGGUAUACCCAGUUUACAGCUGGAACCUGUUUUGGGUUCUCAGAGGAUUUCACGGACUACAGCUGGCUCCAUGUGAACUACAAUCCCAAUGCUCUUGUUUAUUCCUGACGCUCUGUCGAAAUGCAAAUGCACCACACUUGCGAUACGGUUUUGGAUAUCUUUGGAACUUUUAUAUAAGCGAGAAAUAAUAUUUCAAAUACAAAAGAUACACUUACUGUGCGCAGUUUAGGAAAGUUGCACCUAGUUUUCACACACCAUUGUGACAUCCUCUCACCUUGCACUCACAUUUCCAUUGAACCAUUCCAUAUUUCCAGUGUUUAAAAAUAAAGCCGGGUGCAAAUUUACUAAACAUUGUACGGUAAGUUUCUUAAAAAAUUACAACGUUUCAUAGAAGCAAUGUUCCAAAUGUUUAUGAAAUUGUAUCGUGUGAGGCACAUUUGUGUUUAGACGGAGCGUUGGGAAUUCCCCUCAGGCAACAGGCGGCUUUGGGAAUAGACCGUAUAAUUAAGCAAUAAGGCACGGGGGUGUGUGUUACAUGGCCAAUAUACCACGGCUAAGGGCUGUUCUUAGGGACGACGUAACGUGGUGUGCCUGGGUACAGCCCUUAGCCUUGGUAUAUUGGCCAUAUACCACAGAACCCUGAGGUGCCUUUAUUGCGACUAUAAACUGCUUACCAACAUAAUUAGAGCAGUAUAAUUGUUUUGGGGGGGGGUCAUACCUGUGGUAUACGGUCUUAUAUACCACAGCUGUCAGCCAAUCUCCAUUCAGGGCUCGAACCAUCCAGUUUAGAAUGUUUAAUAUUACUGUCUAUUCAAUGGGCUAGCCUUCGUUGUGGAAAGGUCAGGGUUAAGACUUGUCUGUAUAUCAAUUUGAACACGAGAAGAGGAAAUCUCUUAUCAAACACCAUUUGUGAUAUUUAUAGCCGUUUACUGUUACACUACACUUUAAAGGUGUUUUAGAUGCGCGUGUGCUUUAUCCACUUAAAUAUGAUCCCUUUAAUAGUUUUCCCACCUUCCACAAACAGUAGAAACACUUUUGCCUUUAAGCACUUUUUAAAAAUGUGUUGCUGUAGCCUUGUCAAUUAUUGUAUAUGCACACCAUUUUUUCUUUAUUAGUAAGGAAAUACACACACAAGGUAUUAAUCACCUCUCAUUUAUACCCUAUUGUAGGGUCUAGGAAUAAUAUGUUGAACUAGAAAAUAUUUAGCUGUAAGCCAUAUUGUCAGAGAUUUUGUGUCAAUCACUAUGAAUUGAGUACAGAAUGCUGUAAUAUCAAAGUAGUGUACAUUUCUUUCCUAUUUAUUGUCAAAUGCUUGCUGUUUCACAAAUUGAAAUUAUAGUUAAAUUACAAUAUGUUGAAGAAAUUACGCUAAGGAACAAUCAAACCAGUUAUAUGAUCAUUGGAUGUAUUAUCUACUGUAAGUUAAAAAAUAUACAUGCAACAUUUUCAAAGAUUUCAUUGAGUUACAGUUCAUAUAAGGAAAUAAGCUUGGGUGCAUCCUGUUUCCAUUGAUCAUCAUUGAGACGUUUCUACAACUUGAUUGGGGUCCACCUGUGGUAAAUUCAAUUGAUUGGACAUAUUUUGAAAAGGCGCACAUCUGUCUAUAUAAGGUCCCACAGUUGACGGUGUAUGUCAGAGCAAAACCAAACCAUGAGGUCAAAGGAAUUGGCCAUAGAGCUCUGAGACAGGAUUGUAUCGAGCGAGCCACAGAUCUUGAUGGGUACAAAAACAUUUCUGCAGCAUUGAAGGUCCCCAAGAACACAGUGGCCUCCAUCAUUCUCAAAUGGAAGAAGUUUGGAAUCACCAAGACUCUUUAUUAGAGCUGGCUGCACAGCCAACACUGAGUAACCGGGCGAGAAGGGCUUUGGUCAGGGAGGUGACCCAAGAACUUUAUGGUCACUAACAGCUCCAGAGUUCCUCUGUGGAGAUGGGAGAACAUUCCAGAAGGGCAACCAUCGCUGCAGCAGUCCACCCAUAAGGCCUUUUAUUGUAGAGUGGCCAGGUGGAAGCCACCCCUCAGUAAAAGGCACAUAACAGUCCGCUUAGAGUUUACCAAAAGGCAACAAAGAUUGACCAUGAGAAACAAGAUUACAUUUUUUGGAAAAGGGGGUCUGAAUAUUUUCCAACUCCAUUGAAUCAGUUAUCCUUUUGUGCCAAAUCGACUGCGCUGUUUCAGGUGCAACAUCUAUGGUCAUGUCACAGCAGUUUGUAGGAGGGAGAUUAAGAUGUGGGAAGUGUGUAAUUUCAGUGGAUAAAGUUGUGUGGGGGUGACCAUGUUGCUGGGUAGUGGAAGUGUCCGGUGGGAGAGAGGCAGGUUGAGAUGGCUAGAGUCAGUAGUGCAGAUGUUGUCCUAUGCCGAGGCAGUGAAGAAAUUAGGGGAUGUGUCAAGGGUGAGGGACCCAGAGAGGGAGUAGUAGCUCUGCCAGCACAGAGAGAGAGGCACUGUAUAUCACUUUUCCCACAUUGUUAGGUUACAGUCCUACUCUGAACAAUAUAUUUUUUAAAUGUCCCUCAAUCUACACACAACCAUAAUGAAAGCAAAACAGGUGUAGACAUUUUUGCUAAUUUAUUACAAAUAAAAUGGAAAUAUAUUUACAUAAGUAUUGAGACCCUUGACUCAGUACUUUGUUGAAGCACCUUUGGCAAGGAUUACAACCGUGUCUUGGGUAUGACACUACAAGGUUGGCACAUCUGUAUUUGGAGAGUUUCUCCCCAUCUCUGCAGACCCUCUCAAGCUCUGUAAGGUUGGAUGUUGCUGCACAACUAUUUUCAGGUCUCUCCAAAGAUGUUCGAUAAGGUUCAAGUCCGGGCUCUGGCUGUGCCAUUCAGAAACUUGUCCCAAAGCCUCCUUUGCCCCAGUCAGGUCCUGAGCAGGUUUUCAUCAAGUAUCUCUGUACUUUGCUCCGUUCAUCUUUCCCUCGAUCCUGACUAGUCUCACAUUCCCUUGCCACUCAAAAACAUCCCCCCAACAUAAUCCUGACCACACCAUGCUUCACUGUAGGGAUGAUGCCAGGUUUCCUCCAGACGUGACACUCCGCAUUCAGGCCAAAUCAUUCAAUCUUGGUUUCAUCAGACUAGAGAAUCUUGUUUCUCAUGGUCAGAGUCCUUUAGGUUCCUUUUGGCAAACUCCAAGCGACCUGUCUUGACUUUUACUGAGGAGUGGCUUCUGUCUGGCCACUAACAUAAAGGCCUGAUUGGUGGAGUGCUGCAGAGUUGUUUGUCCUUCUGGAAGGUUUUCCCAUCUCCACAGAGGAACUCUAGAGUCUUGGUGGUUCCAAACUGCUCCCAUUUAAGAAUGAUUGGGGCCACCGUGUUCUUGGGGACCUUCAAUGCUGCAGGCAUUUUUUGGUACCCUUCCCAAGAUCUGUGCCUCAACACAAUCCUGUCUUGGAGCUCUACGGACAAUUCCUUCAACCUCAUGGCUUGGCUUUCGCUCUGAAUUGCACUGUCAACUGUGGGCCUUAUAUAGAUGUGUGGACCUUUCCAACUCAUGUCCAAUCAGUUCAGUUGACCACAGGUGGACUCCAAGUCGUAGAAGCAUCUCAAGGAUGAUCAAUGGAAACCGGAAACAGCUCAAUUUCGAGUCUCAUAGAAAAAGGGUUUGAAUACUUAUGUGAAUAAGGUAUGUGUUAUUAUUAUUUUGAAUACAUUUGCAAAAUAAUCUACAAAUCUAUUUUUGCUUUGUCAUUAAGGGGUAUGGUGUGCAGAUUACUGAGGAUUUUUAUUUAUUUAAUAAAUUUUAGAAUAAGGCUGUAACAACAAAAUGUGGAAAAAGUCAAUGGGUCUGAAUACUUUUCGAAUGCACUAUAUGCUUCAGUAAGGCUGGCUUCUUGGCGUUCAUAGCAAUGGUUACCAACUAUAUCGCAGAAAUGGAACGUAAAUCACAGAAAAUAAAUGUGAUGGCAGCUGCAGGAAAGUAUUUGGAUAUACAAGAUUUUACUUCAGAAGAGUUACAGGGUGUGUUGAGUGGUCGUGUCCUGUCCUCCCAGGUUUUGGUAUGGUGUAGGAGCAGAUAGGGUCAAAGUAGCUGAAUGGGGUAGUGGGCUUUUAAGGAGUGUAUAAGGUUAGUUGGUAGGGUAAUUAAAAAUAUAUUUUUAUUGUUCCUGUUUUGCCUUUUCCCAUUUUGUACCACAAAGUGUAAUGGAUUUAUACUGUAUUUUAGUUGGGGGUGGUAAUGCUAAAUAAAGGUAAAAAAAAAAAAAAAAAAGUGAUACAUAUUGGAUGCCAACCGCUGUCAAACUCCACGGAAGAAGAUGAUCAUGUGGCGCUCCAGGAGCAGUUAAUGGGCUAUGGAUAAGUGUCUUGCGCACUGGUCUGGAUAUGUGAUUUUGCCCCCCCGUCUGACUCGGCCCUGUGUAUUUUUUGUUUGUACUAAAAUCAACGUAUUUUCUGAUUGAUUUCAUACAAAUUUAAAUAUUCAUGUUUUUCCACUGGAUGUCAGAAG